AUGGAUCUAACAACGCUAUUUCACAAUCUUCGCGAAGAAGUGUCUUGUUCAGUGUGCUCGGACUUAUUUACGGAUCCUAAACAUCUCUCCUGCCUUCACAGUUUCUGCUUAAAGUGUCUAAAAAGAUGGUACGAAACGUGCGGCGGUGGAGAGGCCAUUAAAUGUCCGAAGUGCCAAGCCCUAAGCAGAAUACCAGCAAGCGGUGAUCUGAAAGAUCUUCCAACUAGCUUUUAUUUAAACGGCUUGAUCGAUGUUCUUGCUAUUAAAGAAUGCAAAAGCACUCAAGUGACAUGCGGAAACUGCGACAAGAAGAGUUCAGAAGCUUCGUAUUGUUUCCAGUGUUGCAUAUUUUAUUGCGAGCAAUGCCUGGUUGGUCACAAUAUGAUGCGAGACAAAAAGGAACACCGCGUAUUGGCAGUGAAAGAGUUCCAAGACAACGACUACGAGGAUGUAUUGAAGCGACCAGUAUUUUGUUCAAAGGAACGACACCAGAAAGAAGAGCUUAAAUACUACUGCAAAGAAUGCGAGACGGCUCUUUGCCAAACUUGCGUCACUUUGAAUCACGGAGGUCAUGAUUUGAGAUUAAUCGAAGAAGAAGCCGAAAACAAAACACUCGAAAUAAAAUCUAUCCUUCAAUCGCAGAGAGAAGCCUUAGAUGCAAAACUGAACGUAAUUGUUCAACUAGACGAAGACUGUGCUAAAGUGAUUCAACAAAGUGAAAUCGCCAGGAGAGAUGUCCAAAGGUUUGCUGAUGGCUUGAUCAAAACAAUUCAAGCAAAAAUGAAUGAUAUUUUUACCGCUGUGGAAAACCAAACGAAGAAGUCACUCGAAAGUUUAAAAGCAAAAAGAAGUGCGAUUCAGCAACAGAUAAAUGCCACCGAAUCAUCACUGAAGGAAGCUGAUAAACUUUUAAAACGAAGUACUAACGCGGAAGUUGUUCAACUUAAAAAAUCAUUACAGACAAUCUUUCAUGGAUUGAAUCAAACCGAGCCUAUUGUUUAUGACCCCAGUAGUCUGGAAACGUUUGGUUUCGUGAAAAAUCAGAAGAUGCUUGAUGUCGUCAACGAGGAAGAAGUUGGAUUCUUGAAAGAACCUUUUCAAACAAAAGCAAGUGAAUCACUGGCUGAAGGUGAUGGACUGAAAGAAGGAACUGUUGGGCGUAAAGCUCAAUUCAAUUUGAUCACAAAAAGCGCAGAGAAAAAGCAGAGGUAUGAUGAGAGGGACCGUGUCACUGUAGAAAUCAAGGACGAGCAAGGACAAGAAUGCGUGACGGAAGUACGAGUAGAUGAUAACAAAAAUGGGACCUACAAAAUCAGUUAUUAUCCUAGAGUUCAAGGGACAUUAAAAUUAUUAGUUAAGGUAAACGGGGAACAUAUUUCUUGUAGUCCUUUUACUGUGAUUUUAAAACCAUUUCAAAUCAAACCUGUUUUAUCUUUUGGAAAGGAAGGCUCGGGUGAUGGAAUGUUUCAGCAUCCUUUUGGGGUGGCUGUGAGUGAUAGGGACGAAAUAGUAGUAGCUGACCAUGUAAACCAUCGGGUUCAAGUGUUUGACAGUAAUGGUACUUUUUUAAGAUCCUUUUGUCACGAAGGUGAAAAUGCUGGAGAGUUAGAUAAUCCUACGGGAAUAGCCAUUGAUAAGGAUAGAAAUAUUUUCAUAUCAGACUGGGGUAACCAUAGAGUACAGAUCUUUAGUUGGGAGGGGAGGCACCUGGGUUCAUUUGGCGGCAAAGGAAGCCUUGGGAGUCAUCUGUCUGGUCCUUGGGGUUUAUCUUUAGAUAACACUGGUAAUAUUAUUGUUGCUGAUACAGGUAACAAACUGAUUAAGAUGUUUACCCCGGAUGGUAGGUUUGUAAUGAAGAUAGGUGAACAGGGAUCUUUGAGUGACCCUGUUCACUGUGUUCCGUGUGGUGAAUAUUUCAUAGUGUCAGACUCAAAUGAACACUGUAUCAAAGUAUUUAACAGGGAGGGGCAUUUUCAGUACAAGUUUGGUAAGCAGGGGGAAGGGGACGGGGAGUUUAAUCAUCCAUAUUUUCUGUCAGUGACUCAGUCAAAGCACCUGUUGGUUUGUGAUGGGAAGAAUCAUAGAAUACAAGUCUUUGAACUAGAUGGGAAGUUUGUUGGAAAAUUCGGAACAAAUGGCAGCAAAUUAGGAGAAUUCAAGGAUCCAUUCUCGGUAGCUCUUUUAAGUAUUGAUCAAAUUGUUGUGUCCGAGUACAACAAUCAUCGAAUUCAGAUAUUUCAAUAAAAAUUGUCUUUUUUUCCUGGGGGAAAGGAGUAAGCAAAUCCCUCUUUGAUUAAUAAAUGUAUUUGUCAGCUGUACAGCAGUGCUAUAAUGUUAUUGUAGGCAAGUGAAGCCACAUUUAGUCCGAGGUGAACCUUGUGGUCUUAAAUCAAGUUAUGUACAUAACUUAUUUGUUGAAGGAAUGAGUUAACUGGAAUAUUUUUUUAAUAAAGUUCUGUAUUCGAUAAACGAUUUCUUCUUUAAUUCUAACUAAUAUUCAUUCGCAACCAAGUUACAGCAAGGUGGCAGUGGAAAGCUUUUUGGAAACAGAAAUACGUUAUUGCUGAAUACCUAUUUGUGCUUCAGAAACUUCAAUAAGCAUAUUCUUGUGAAAGUACAUGUAAAAUUUAUCUGACUCUGAUGACCGAAAAGUCAGACGAGAGAUUCAGCCUUGGGGAGAUACGGAGUUGAAUGACUAAAACAGUGGAAUGCUGUGCUACUGAUUAGGAAGGUCGGAGGAAGGAGAGGUCAUUGGAAAUGAAUUAAAAAGUGAAAAAUUCAACAAAAACCUUAUACAUGUAUAUUCCGCAAAAAAAAAAAUAUUCAACCUACUGAAACGACCAAAAGAGUGUCAGUCUAUUAGAGCUUAUUCUUCAAUAAAAUAAGGAGCUUUUUAACCUGGAAAACUCUGGCACUAAAAAACAAAACAUCUAGGACUGCUUAGCAUGUUAAGAAUGAGUCAAUUCUUACCUGUAUUCGAUUCCAUAAAAUUCCCAAAGACCUUCAUGUCGCGUUGCAAUCACUCUCCUCCAUUAACUUCUUUCCUCUCGUGCUGUUAUCAACGGUGGAAAUCGGAAGCUUAAGCAACGACGAGAACGGCAUAAAGCAAUAAGUCUAUUCAUUUAUUUACAACAUGUACGCGUAUGGCUGUCGCAUUUGCAAUUAUUGUUUUUAAGCAAACAAUUAAAAAAUUCCAACGGGUAAAUGCAAUGGUUUUAAGCUUUUGUUACAAAUGAAUCCAUGCACCCUCACGACUUAUUUGCAUAAUUUUACUUGACCAACCUUUCCAUUUCGGAAGUCUGGUCGUCAUUUUUCAAACAACACAAUCAAAAAGGGAAAUUUAUUAUUUGGCAAUUGUAUAGAAAUGAAACACUCUAGGCACCGAGUUUUUAAAGCUGUUCAAAACACCCGCUGCACCAGGUGUUUUAAAGAUUGCAUCGUUCACUAAUGAUUUCUCGCCUUCUUAUUAGCCUGCGUACAGACGUCCCCCCCUCCCUCAGGAAAAAUCGGGAGAGGAGUCUCCUCUCCCGAUUUUUCCUGAGGGAGGAGGGGACGUCUGUACACGGGCUACUUCUUAUUGGUCGCUACAAUUGUAGCUGUGAUAUGGUAGAUGAGAGUACAGUCCAUGGAAAUAAAGCGAUGGUGAUGUGAUUUGAUUUUCACUCUCUCAUCAGCCGCGCGAUUUUCGGAGGAACUGGAAAUCAAGCUGUCAAUGUUAUUGCGUUUUGUGGUUUCUCUUGAGUUUUAAAGAAUGGAGAACAAUUUUCAAUGAUCGGAACUCUUAUCGAUCAUAGAUGAUGUGGUCAAAAUAAGUUUUAAACAAUUUGACGCCAUUUCUGUGGUAGAUAACAGCACAUGUAUAGACCGUGGACAAUUGUUGUCGAUCCGCUUUUUAACAGUUACCCUUUUUCGAUUAUCUCUAUUCUCACAUGCUGUAAAUUGCGAUGCGUUAUCCGCCACUUUAGAAACAAGAGGGGAACUGCAUGGAGCCGAAAUAUGUCCCGCAAUUGCUUCUGGGAUCGUUACUGGUGACGCGUCGGUCAGCUAUUGGCCAAUUCUUUUCUUUGUACCUAGUAACAGUCCCAGAGGUCUUUGCAAAAGUGACUCGGCCCAGUUUCCUCCCUUCUAAAAUGGCGAAUGACAGUUCAGGUUUGUAAUUUUGUAAGUUCUUUUAUCCUUAUUUUGUGAUAUCGUUUCUCCCCUUUUCGGUCCUGGAGACAAAGAGCACGGAAGGAUACAGACUUCAAACUAACAACAUCAUUUAUUCAAUUUCAACUAUAUUCUAUGCAAUAUUUGGUGGCGCAAAACCCUUGAAGCCCUAAUAGAGUCUACCAUCUUAUUUUUCGUUAGAAUUUUCAUGCCUAAUCACCUCUAAAGGUGAGGUUACACGAGAUGAUUCGCAACGACAAUUUUUAGUGCAACACAGCGUCGCAACAUUGUUACGAAUAGUUGCAACAUUGUUCCAACAUUGCAACGCUGUGUUGCACUAAAAAUCGUCGUUGCGAACAGUCCCGUGUAGCAUCACUUUAAAGGUCAUGAGAAACGGAAAAUAUCGUUAAAGAGAUUCUCCACAUUGGUAUCAGAAUGGAGAGAAGUGCGGAGAAUAUGGAUACUGAUAUAAGGGCUAUUAGGGUUUAUUUACCAUUCUACUUGUGCUUAGCACUUACAUUCUAUUCCUCAGUACCUUUGUUGUAGAAAACUUUUAAUCAUCCAAGUUAAAUGAAAGUGUGGGCAUCUAUUAUUUACUUUUAAAAUAUUCUGAAUUACUAUAUACUACUUCUUCGUGCAACAAGGAAAUAAAUUUUCUUUAAAAGCUAAAAAUUAGCCCGUCUAGUUCAUAACGAGUAAACUACAUCUAACUGAAAUUACAUUUGGGACUGUUGCACUCACGGAAUCAAGCAUAUUCUUUUUUAUUUCCAGAAAGGCAGGCAACCUUUCUUAAAUUUGAGUGAGGAAAUCCUAUCAUAUUCAUAUUGCAGUUAACAUAAUUUACACACCACAAUCUAAUAAAGUUUUUACAACUGUAUGAGGCUAGCUAUUGCUGGUUUGCAAUUGUGACGUCAUGGAGGCCAUGUUGUGAUCAAGAACAAUAGCGUUGCUAUCCGCUUCGAAAAAUUUUUUUUAUUAUAUCAACCACCAACAUGGCAAACUAAGAAUUUUUUUAGAGUACUUCAUAUGUCAGAAACAUUCGUUCAUUCACGAGGAUACUUCACGUGAUGACUAACGUGAGCCAAAAGUCUGCAUUUCUGAACAUGCCGGGUUUGAAGUCUAUGAAAGCGAUGCUUGAAGGUAAAAUUUAAACCCAAUACUUGCUUACUCUUCCCUUCGUGAUAAGAAGUCUAUUCAGUACAUAAGAAAACGCGACAAAGAGCUUAGAAAUUAUAUUAAAUAAUUCUUAUAAUUCAUUAUGAAAGAAAGUAACUCAGCAAACAAGUUUCAAAUGUUGGUGAAGUUAGCUUUUGUACUCUUUUGAUUUGCACGUGGCCUCGUUACAAACGAAACUAAAUCUCUAGCUGCGAACCUGAAUUGGAAUACGCCCCAUAAUAAUAAUAAUAAUAAUAAUAAUAAUAAUAAUAAUAAUAAUAAUGGCAUUUAUAUAGCGCUUAUACAUCGCUGUUCUAAUGAUUGGCCUUUCAAAACAAAAAAUUGUUUAAUUGACCAAUCAGGUUGUGAGAAAAUCCAAAUCCAAUUCGUUGUCCUUUGAGGGUUGAGAACAAGCAUUUCAGCGUUGCUUCGUAGACGUAUUAACCGAAAUAAAACUACCGGAAUCGAGUUUUUGAAGCUGUUCAAAACACUCACCGCACCACUUGUUUAAACGUUACAUGGUCUUUUUUACUGAGCGAUUUCUUGCGCGUUUAUCUGUCGAGAGCUAUGGUCGAUGAGAAAACAGACCAUGGAAUAACGAGGACACUUUGUGGUGAUCAACAUAGAGUUCGUGCAACUCAACCUAGCCUGCAUUUCUGAGGAUACCGGAAUAAAAGUCUAUAAAAGCGAUGGCUCGCCAGCGAAAUUCAAACCUACUGCUUUAACACAAUGAUGUUUCCUUGAUGGCAAGACGUCUAUUUUGUGCACGAGAAAACGUGACUCUCAUUUCCUUCGCAAUAAAGAGUUUGUAUAGUUGUGCUAGUCUACGUCCUUCACUGAAAAGAACUUUGACCAGGGGCCUUUUUUUAUAUUCCCCAACCCCUGGGGUCACCUUUGCUCCGCCCGUUUUACAAUCUCCCUGGUUUACCGGUGAUCCUACCCAAAGGGGAAACUAAUGACAUGGGGGUAAGUGGAAUUAUGUGUAUGGAGCCUCAUUCACCCUAAACAUCGGCAUCCAGCAAUAUUUUCCUUGCUUAGAGUUGUUUCUCGUGUCAACUAUGCUUCAAGCUUAGACAAGAGAGUUUUAUUCUUUCUUGGCAUAGAAUAGAGAUCUUUACCCACAAUAAGAUUUAACAUUACGGUCAAUUACGUAGGCCAGAUACGAGCUCAAGAGGCUUGUAAAUUACACGACCCUCAAUAUAGAAGAGAAAGACUUUUAGUGUCAUUGACCCAACCUCUUACCGGCACGAGUUUAAUAUUCCUAAAGCUUAAUAUACUGAGCUUAGCCAAAAGAGAAUUACGCUAAAGAUAAGAACAUUGCAAGAGAAAGAAUAGAUGUCAACUAAACGAAUUCAUAUCCCCAGCGAUAAAAAUAAGUGGGGCGUAAAGAGGGGUCAGGGUAGUUACAACAUCCUGCGGCUGGCUUAUGCUGUGUUGUUAUUUGCCUAACGUCAUAAGCCCUACAGGAUUUGUAACAGAAACAAUUACGCUGUAUAGCCGGCCCUGUUAGGGACCUUUGACACUAUCAUAAUAUAUUAUAAACUUGUAUAAAUUUGGCCAAAAUUUUGUCUGCGGAAAACAUGAACAACUUAUUUGCUUUAAAACCGGUUUAAACCCUUGAAGGGAAGGGUGGGGUAUUGGUCCGUGGGUUAACUAUAUAAUAUGGCAAUAUAAUUCUUUCACGGACAUUUGUUUAGACUGUGUCAAGGGGGGUUACUCCAUUUUAGUACCCAUAUAUGUAUGUACCGCCCCAAAGGGUAUGGUGUUUGAGCCGUUUUGGUCUUAAAAAGGGUAUAUAACGAGUACAGUCACCCCCUCCCCUCAAACAAAAUAGAGUAGAGAGACGGGGCGGCAGUACACAGUCUAACAGAUGUUUCGCUUUUAUCUACGCCGCACUCGCACUUGAUUUAGCAUCCUUCAUAGUUAUGGUUUUCACGCAUUCUUGCUUCACAAAGGUUUUAGUCUUCAUCUUGUUAUUGAUCAUUUUACGUCUGGUUUAGUUUUGCAAUAAUUUGCAUUUAAAAGAGCAAACUAAAGCUGGCGGGACAAGGACUCUUACAACAUUGGUCGUGAUUGGCUCGUCGGCUUUGUUUCCGAGAAAAGCUAAAGACAGACAGUCUCAAGACUUCAUUGUUGGGUGUGGAGUGCAUGGAAGGUCAUUUUGCCUUUGUUCCUGAAGCCAUCAUGGAUCUUACAACCCUAUUUUACAAUCUUCGAGAAGAAGUGUCUUGUUCGCUGUGUUCGGACUUAUUUACGGAUCCUAAACAUCUCUCCUGUCUGCACAGUUUCUGCUUAAAGUGUCUGAAUCGAUGGUACGAAACGUGCGGCGGCGGACAGGCCUUUAAAUGUCCAAAGUGCCAAACCCUAAGCAGAGUGCCUGUGAGCGGUGAUCUAAAAGAUCUUCCAACCAGCUUCUAUUUGAACGGCUUAAUCGAUGUUCUUGCCAUCAAAGAAUGCAAGAAGACUCAAGUUACAUGCGGAAACUGCGACAAGAAGAGCUCAGAAGCUUCGUACUGUUUCCAGUGUUGCAUAUUUUAUUGCGAGCAAUGCCUGGUUGGUCACAAUAUGAUGCGAGACAAAAAGGAACACCGCGUAUUGGCAGUAAAAGAGUUCAAAGACAAGGACUACGAGGAUGUAUUGAAGCGACCAGUAUUUUGUUCAAAGGAACGACACCAGAAAGAAGAGCUUAAAUACUACUGCAAAGAAUGCGAGACAGCUCUUUGCCAAACUUGCGUCACUUUGAAUCACGGAGGUCAUGAUUUGAGAUUAAUUGAAGAAGAAGCCGAAAACAAAACACUCGAAAUAAAAUCUAUCCUUCAAUCGCAGAGAGAAGGGUUAGAUGCAAAACUAAACGUAAUUGCUCAACUAGACGAAGACUGUGAUAAAGUGAUUCAACAAAGUGAAAUCGCAAUGAGAGAUGUCCAAAGGUUUGCUGAUGGCUUGAUCAAAAUAAUUCAAUCAAAAAUGCAAAAUAUUAUUACCGCUGUGGAAAACCAAACGAAGAAGUCACUCGAAAGUUUAAAAGCAAAAAGAAGCGAGAUUCAGCAGCAGAUAAAUGCCACCGAAUCAUCACUGAAGGAAGCUGAUAAACUUUUAAAACGAAGUACCACCGCGGAAGUUGUUCAACUCAAAAAAUCACUGCAAACAAUUUUUCAUGGAUUGAAUCAAACCGAGCCUAUUGUUCAUGACCCCAGUAGUAUGCAAACUUUAGUUUUCGUGGAAAAUCAGAAGACGAUUGAUACUGUCAACGGGGAAGAACUUGGUUUCCUGUGCAUGGAAGAAGGUUAUCGAAAAAAACCGAGCGAAUUUUUUGCUGAAGGUAAAGGACUGAAAGAAGGAACUGUUGGGCGUAAAGCUCAAUUCAAUUUGAUCACAAGAAACGCGGAGAAAAAUCAAGGGUACAAUAAACAUGACCGUGUCACGGUGGAGAUCAAGGACAAGCAAGCACAAGAAUGCGUGACGCAAGUGCGAAUAGAUGAUAACGAAGAUGGGACCCACAAAAUCACUUAUUAUCCCAGAGUUCAAGGGACAUUCAAAUUAUUAGUUAAGGUAAACGGGAAACAUAUUUCUUGUAGUCCUUUUUCUGUGAUUUUAAAACCAUUUCAAGUCAAACCUGUUUUAUCUUUUGGAAAGGAAGGCUCCGGUGCUGGAAUGUUGAAGUUUCCUUGUGGGGUGUCAGUGAGUGAUGGGGACGAAAUAGUGGUAACUGACAACCAGAACCAUCGGAUUCAAGUGUUUGACAGUAAUGGUACUUUCUUAAGAUCCUUUGGUCACGGAGGUAAAAAUGCUGGAGAGUUCAUCUGCCCUAUUGGAAUAGCCAUUAAUAAAGACAGGAAUAUUUUGGUAGCAGACAAUAACAACCACAGAGUACAGAUUCUUAGUUGGGAGGGGAGGCACCUGGGUUCAUUUGGCGGCAAAGGAAGCCUUGAUAGUCAGCUCCUUAACCCUUGGGGUUUAUCCUUAGAUAGUACUGGUAAUGUUAUUGUUGCUGAUACAGGUAACAAACUGAUUAAGAUCUUUACCCCGGAUGGUAGGUUUGUAAUGAAGAUAGGUGGGCAGGGUUCUUUUAGUUAUCCUGUUCACUGUGUUCAGUGUGGUGAAUAUUUCAUAGUGUCAGACUCAAAUGAACACUGUAUCAAAGUAUUUAACAGGGAGGGGCAUUUUCAGUACAAGUUUGGUAAGAAGGGGGAGGGGGACGGGGAGUUUAAUUGUCCACGGUUUCUGUCAGUGACUCAGUCAAAGCACCUGUUGGUUUGUGAUGAGGGUGGUCAUAGAAUACAAGUCUUUGAACUAAAUGGGAAGUUUGUCGGAAAAUUUGGAACAAAUGGCAGCAAAUUAGGAGAAUUCAAUUCUCCAUUCUCAGCAGCUGUUCUAAGUAAUGAGCAAAUUGUUGUGUGCGACCGCGGCAAUCACCGAAUUCAGAUACUUCAAUAA